CGGUUCGACACGAACCGGCGGAGCAAACCCUCGGUCGCACCGCACCGCCGAGCGCAAAACCCCGGCCUGCCCGCGUCAGUCACCUCACCCCACCUCCCAUGGCGGAAGGGGAGGAGCACGGGCAGCGCGCCUGGGCGCAGGCGGACACGAGCGCCAUGAGGCGAGCCCUCCUAACCCUAAUCCACCGCUACUACCUCGACGCGCUCUCGCGGCUGCCCGCCGCCGACCUCCGGGCCGCCCUCGCGCGCGGCCUCCUCGCCGCCGGCCACUGCUACGGGCCCCUCCACCCCGUCCACAACAUCCUCCUCAACGCCAUCUGGUACGCCGCCGCCUCCCCCCUUCGCGCCGCCGUCGACGUGAUCGGCGGCGACGUCCUCGCCCGCGCCUGCCGCCGCUCCCUCGACGGGCUGCUGGACUGCCUCCGCCGCCUCUGCCCGUCCCUCUCCGCCGGCGACGCGCUGUGGCACCUGCUGUGCGCCGACGCCGACCUCUCCGUCGCCGUCGCCCAGGCGAACCGGACCAGCAGGUCCAGCGCACGGGCCGCGAUGCGGGCUCAGGCCCUUGGCGCCUUUCAGGCGGCCGCCGAGGCAGCGCGGCACCCCGACCCUGCGGCCCUUGGGCUGUUCAUGGCCUCCGUGUUGCCUGCCGUCGACCACGACAUCGCCUCCUUACUGCGUGUUAAGCACACGCUUUCACCUAUGGACAUCAAGCAUCUCUCCCGUGCACUCGUACCUCCCCUCCUGGUCCCGGCGCCUGUAAUGCUCAGCCCACGGCACAUAGACAGCGCAGAAGAGGCAGUGCUUGAGGUUGUGGCAGCGGCUUUGCGUUGGCACACUCUCGAAUCGGGGCAGCACUUUGUUCUGCACUCUGUUUGUGGUGUGAAUCGCCUAUGUAAAGAGGGAUUAGACAACUGUUUUCACAUCAAUUUCUUGGCCUGUCGUAAGAUCUCUGUUUCUGGUUCUGUUGUAUCAGGCGCACCAAUGCUGUUCUUCACCGAAGCAGUUGCCCCAACCUCAGCCUGCGAUGAAAGCAACGUCCAAUUGUGUGUGCCGGUUGAUCCAUUGACCGAGAUUGGUAGUUGCCGUGCUUGUAGGAUGAACAACAAAACGAUUGUGCACCCGACUUGUCAUGAAUAUCUUGGUGGCCGGGACUUUCAACUGGAUGAAGUCGAGUGUUUAUCUGGUGCUGAAAGUGACAGUGAGGCAGGUUGGCGCCCUAUGGCAGAGGAGGCAGUAUUGCCUGCCAUGGCCUCCAUUUCCUCCAGGGACGAGGAGGUGUCUGCAGCGCAUGGGAAGAGACCGGAUUCUCGCACACUGCGACGGAGGAUGCUUGGCCUGAUACGCUGCUACUACCUCGAGGCCAUCUCCCGUCUGCCCACCGAAGAUCUCUGGACCACCCUCUCGCGUGGCCUCCUCAUCGCCGGUCACUGCUACGGCCCUCUACACCCUGUCCACAACAUCAUCGUCAAUUCCGUCUGGUACUCUGCUGCUUUUCCCAUUCGCUCCAGUGACCGGAUCGAUACCGCCUUCAUCAGCAACUGUACCAUACGCCGUGUAGUUCAGUGUUCGCUUGAUGGAUUGGUUGCUUCACUUCACCAUCUCUGUCCUGGCCUCUCCGAUGAUGAUGCCCUUUGGCACCUCAGUCUCUCCCGCGCCGACCUCCGUGCCGCUGUUGCCUCCGCACGCGGUGCUGCCCUGUCGUCGUUCCGUCUGACGGCAUCGGAGCUGGAAGCCGCCUUUCAAGCGGCUGACAAGGCAGCGCGGCAUCUGAAACCUGCGGCCCUUGCGCUCUUCACUUCUUCCGUUGUGCUUUCUGUGGAACGUGAUGCUGUCUCGCUGCUCAACAGCAAACACAGGCUUUCCUCAGCUGACAUUCUGCGCCUCUCCACCAUGUUGCUGCCUUCCCCACUACCAGAUGAGCUGCCACACCCUCCUCUUGAAGAGCGGUUCACGGCGGCCUUUAAACUCAUCACUAGAAGGAGGAACCUUCUCAUAAGAUGGUACAAACGAUGGGUGGAAUUAGCGGAUGCAGCGUUGCGCAAGUAUGCUCAGCAAACUGCGGCACAUUAUCAGCUUCAUGUCAUCUAUGGCAUUGGUUCCGUGCACAAUGAGUUCAAUAUGGAUGAUUCUUUCCAUACUAGUUUUAUGGCGUGGCCGAAGGAUCCUUCCUGUGCUAGAGAAGCUCCUGUGUUUUUCUUUGCUGAAGCACUUCCGUCUGGCUCCGACUUUUGUGAAGAGGACAUCACCUUGUGCUGUACAGUACAGCCAUCACCAAGUGAAGUUGGUAUGCUCUUGACAUUCAAUCAUUUUUUUCUUUUCGUACUGAAAUUAUUUAGUGCUACUCAUGACAUCUGAUCAUCUCAUGGUUGGUUCUUUGGUCGUAUUUGAAACAAACCUAAGAGUCUUUAUGACUUGAUUCACUA